GUGAUCAUGAAGAGAGAAAGACAAGUUGAUAGCAUAACCAUGGCCAACUACUUGAUGUUGCUAUCUCGUGGAGGAGAAUUUGAGAGUAACAACUACUACAACUCUUCCAACAAUCGUGUCUUUGAGUGUAAGACAUGUAACCGACAAUUCCCAUCAUUUCAGGCAUUGGGUGGCCACCGUGCAAGCCACAAGAAGCCAAGGUUAUUGGGAGAGGGUGAUAACCAACAAUUGCUUCUUGAUUCACCACCCAAGCCUAAAACACAUGAAUGUUCAAUUUGUGGAUUGGAAUUUGCUAUAGGACAAGCUUUGGGAGGCCACAUGAGGAGACACAGAACAGCAGCUUCAAAUGGAAACAUGCAAACUUCUUUGAUGACUAUGAGAAGUGGUAGCAGUGUUCAUACUUCACCAAAAAACACCAACAAGCUGGUUAACAACAGCAAGAGAAAUCUGUUUCCUGAUUUGAAUUUGACUCCUUUAGAGAAUGAUUUGGAGUUUUUGAAGAUUGGUCCGCAUGCAACUCCUUUAGUUCGUUGUUUCAAUUGA